CUUUAUAACAAAAGAAAUGUUGAUGAAAGGAGCUGAUCAGGCACCCUGUAUGCAGAUGGGGGUGGGGAGCGGGAAAUAAGAGAGCAUGUUCCAGAGGAUGCCAGGAUGACUUCAGUUAUUGGAUGACUGCUCUCUGAUGGAUGGAGAAGGGAGGAGUAAACCUUUCCAUCUGCACUGACGGAGCUGGAACACAGAAAGCCGGUUUACAGAUGUGCCUUUUUCUGAAGAAUGUUGGCUUAUGGAGUGGCAGCUGUUAAUGCAGAUGUUAUUCUAAAGGAAUCUCCUGCUGGUACAUGAGACAGCAUUGCAGCUAUGAGUGGAAUUUUAAAGAGGAAGUUUGAAGAAGUUGAUGGCUCCUCAUCCUGUUCCUGUGUGUGGGAAUCAGAUGAUGAUAUUUCUAGCAGUGAAAGUGCUGACAGUGGAAAUAACGUUCAUCCAUCAGCUUCUAAUCAUUUUAUCCGACAGAUUAAGGAAAUGUCUACAGACUGAAAACAUGAUUUCAGAGGUCUAAAAAUCUCCUGAGAGAAACUGGCGCUCUUUGAGAUCACAAGGUACAUGAGACAGCAUUGCAGCUAUGAGUGGAAUUUUAAAGAGGAAGUUUGAAGAAGUUGAUGGCUCCUCACCUUGUUCCUCUGUGCGGGAAUCAGAUGAUGAAAUAUCGAGCAGUGAAAGUGCUGACAGUGGUGACAGUGUCAACCCAUCCACUUCUAAUCAUUUUACCCCUUCUUCAAUCCUGAAGAGAGAGAAGCGGAAGAGAACAAAAAAUGUCCAUUUUAACUGCGUUACUGUGUACUACUUCACAAGAAGGCAAGGCUUCACCAGCGUUCCCAGCCAAGGGGGAAGCACGUUGGGAAUGUCCACUCGCCACAACAGCGUGCGCCAAUACACGCUUGGAGAGUUUGCAAUGGAGCAGGAGAGGCUUCACCGAGAGAUGUUAAGAGAGCAUCUAAGGGAGGAAAAACUUAAUUCUCUAAAAUUAAAGAUGACAAAGAAUGGUACAGUGGAAUCUGAAGAAGCUAAUACCUUGACACUGGAUGACAUUUCUGAUGAUGAUAUUGAUCUAGACAACACUGAAGUAGAUGAGUACUUCUUUCUACAACCUCUGCCAACAAAAAAGCGAAGGGCACUGUUACGAGCUUCUGGGGUGAAGAAGAUUGAUGUGGAAGAAAAACACGAGCUGCGGGCUAUCCGCUUGUCCAGAGAAGAUUGUGGCUGUGACUGCCGUGUGUUCUGUGAUCCGGAAACUUGUACUUGCAGUCUUGCAGGCAUAAAAUGUCAGGUGGAUCGUAUGUCUUUUCCAUGUGGUUGCACUAAAGAAGGGUGUAGCAAUACAGCUGGUAGAAUUGAAUUUAAUCCUAUCCGUGUACGGACUCACUUUUUGCACACAAUAAUGAAACUUGAAUUGGAGAAGAACAGAGAGCAGCAAGUUCCUGCACUAAAUGGCUGCCACAGUGAGAUAAGUGCACACACUAGUUCUGUGAGUCCAGGACCCCAUCCAGCUGACUAUUCAAUUGCAGAGAAUUUUGAGAUUGAACCUGAACCUCAGGCUGCAGUUAUGCAUUCUCCGUCAGCUGAGGACUUGGACUGCCCAGGAGAAGACGAGGAAGAGGAAGAUGGGAGUAGCUUUUGUAGUGGUGUUACAGAUUCUAGCACACAAAGUUUAGCCCCUAGCGAAUCAGAUGAUGAUGAAGAGGAGGAGGAAGAGGAGGAAGAGGAGGAGGAGGAAGAAAAAGCAGAUGAUUUUGUGGAAAGCAUGGGCUCCCAUGCUGACAUGGUGCCUCUUCCUUCUGUCCUUUGCUACUCUGAUGGCACUGCUGUGCAUGAAAACCACUCUAAAAAUGCCUCAUACUACACUAACUCUUCAAAUCUGUAUUACCAAAUAGAGAACCAUAUUGCUGGUGCUCCUAACCAGAUUGGUGAGACUUACUCGGAAAGAGAUGCUGUCAAGAAUGGUAGCCUUUCUCUGGUGCCUUACAACAUGACAUCAGAACAGUUUGUUGACUACACGCGGCAAUCAGAGGAAACUUUUAGCAGCCCUCAUUACCCUUCUCCAAACCCCUCUGUGAUUGUUUGCUGCUCAUCAGCUGAAGGUGAUAACAGUGCUCCAUGUAACAGUUUAUACACUGAACAUAGGCCAAGCCACCCUCAAGUGGAAUUUCACUCAUACUUGAAAGGUCCCUCUCAAGAUGGAUUUGUUUCAGCUUUGAAUGGUGACAGUCAUAUACAAGAGCACCCUCCUGAGACUUCAUUAAACCUCCCAGAAAAGAGCAGACUGCACGAAGAGUGCAUCAAGUCACCAGUGGUAGAAACGGUACCUGUUUAAUAUUAACAUUAUUCUAGGACUGAAUUCCUUUAUUAAAUGCACUCAAAUUGGAUUUCCUAGAAGCUUACAGUUUUUUUAAAGAUGUAGCCAACACUUGGACUAUGGUCAACGUUCCAGACACUAUUUUUUUUGAGAUAUAUUGGCAGUGGCAUUGCAAAAAACAGUUCAUGUAAAGAGUUAAAAAAGAGACACUGUCUUUUGAUUUAAAACAAAAAAGUAUAAGUUAAAAAUAUAAUUUCAAAGUAGCCUACCUAUCAAAGUAUGUGAACCCUGCCAAGCUUUGUGAAUCAACGCUUCAUGUUUUUGAUUGUCGGGCCUGUGCAAGAUUGUUUAAAAAAAAAAAAAAAGGUACUUU